AUGGCCGCCCAGCUCCCUCAAAAAGGUCAGCUUCAAAGAGAAGCCCAAAGGGAGACGUUUGCAAGAUGAGAUGUACUUCUGUCACAGGAAAUGGUACAAGCAUGGCAGCUCAGGCAGCAGAAGUUGCAGGAAGAGCAAAGGAAACAGAAAAACGUUCUUAAACCCAAAGGGGCUUCACUGCAGAGCCCACUUCCAAGUCAGUAUAAAACAACUCCUGCCCCAUUCCCAGGCUCUUUCUGA